CGCGGGCUGCAGGCCACAUCCAGGUGUGUGAAAGACAAAUUGUGUGUCAGCAGAGGUCCUUGUUAAGGUUUAGGGCUUCACAUGUUUCAGAUACCUCAGACCUGGCUGGAAAUAAACAAUGCUUGGGAAGAAGGAUUUACCAGUGAUAGCGGGCACAGAGAGUGCAGAGUUUGGGAGCACGGGAACAGCUGGCAGAACUCCCUAGACAAGGAUGUCACUAGCAAAGCUAACUCAACAACUGCGCUGAAGCAGCUCUGAGUGGGUAAGAGAGACUCCAGGUCACAGCACCAGCCCUGGACCACCGACCCAAGAAACCCACUGACCCAAGCAAAGAGGAACACUGAACGUGUGGCCUAAGAAUUCCAUCCAGAGCACACAGUGAGGACGUGUCCCACCUGCCUGGCACUGCUGGCCAUGACCCCGCUGCUGUGACUCCAGCUCUCUGUCCAUCUUGCAUAUCCUGGGGGCCUCUUCAGCAGGAGAAGGAGCCAUCUGGGUGGUGGCUUGGUCUGCAGCCUGGUGUGGGGGAGAUCACAUCACAAACAACCCACACUGACCUGUCCUCACCCCUCUGCAGCUGCUCCCCCCCUGUGGGGGUCCCAGCACCCCCUGUCUGCCCCUGGGGCAAGGGGGAGAGUGCACUGAGUGAGGUCCAGCAGGUUUUGGGCUGAGCGAGCGCCGUGCCAGCAUUGUCUUGCCCACAGCAAGCCGGUGAGCACAGCUCGGGGGACACCAGGGGCUGACAUGGCCAGUGUCAUCCUGGAGAGCAUCUUCUUGAAGCGCUCGCAGCAGAAGAAGAAAACAUCUCCCCUCAACUUCAAGAAGCGGCUGUUCCUGCUGACAGAGAGCAAGCUGUCCUACUACGAGUAUGACUUUGAGCGAGGGCGUCGGGGCAGUAAGAAGGGCUCCGUGGACAUUGAGAAGAUCACCUGUGUGGAGACAGUGGCACCUGAAAACAACCCUCCCCCUGAGCGACAGGUCCCGAGGAAAGGGGAGGAUUACAACAACAUGGAGCAGAUCUCAAUCAUCGAACGGUUCCCCUACCCCUUCCAGGUGGUCUAUGACGAGGGGCCCCUCUACAUCUUCUCCCCGACGGAGGAGCUGCGCAAGCGCUGGAUCCAUCAGCUGAAGAGCGUGAUUCGGUACAACAGCGACCUGGUCCAGAAGUACCACCCCUGCUUCUGGAUCGACGGCCAGUACCUGUGCUGCUCCCAGACAGCCAAGAACGCCAUGGGCUGCCAGAUUCUGGAGAGCAGGAAUGGCAGUUUAAAAGUCGGGCGGUCGCAUCGCAAGACAAAGAAGCCCCUUCCCCCAACUCCUGAGGAGGACCAGAUGGUGAUGAAGCCUCUGCCCCGCGAGCCAGCCCCCAGCACAGCAGGGGAGAUGAAGAAGGUGGUGGCCCUCUACAACUACGAGCCGAUGAAUGCACAGGACCUGCAGCUGCACAAGGGCGAGGAGUACUUCAUCCUGGAGGAGAGCCACCUGCCCUGGUGGAAAGCCCUGGACAAGAACGGGAGGGAAGGAUACAUCCCCAGCAACUACGUCACUGAAACCAGAAAUUCCCUGGAGAUCUUUGAGUGGUACUCAAAGAAUAUCACUCGGAGCCAAGCAGAGCAACUGCUGAAACAGGAGGGUAAGGAAGGCGGCUUCAUUGUCCGAGAUUCCACCAGCAAGACAGGGAAAUACACUGUCUCUGUCUAUGCCAAGUCCUCCGUAGAUCCCCAAGGCACAAUCCGCCACUACGUUGUCUGCUGCACCCCCCAGAAUCAGUAUUACCUGGCAGAAAAGCACCUGUUCAACAGCAUCCCAGAGCUCAUCACCUACCACCAGCACAACUCUGCAGGGCUCAUAUCCAGACUGAAGUACCCCGUGUCUCAGCACAAGAAAAGUGCUCCUUCCACAGCUGGCCUUGGCUAUGGCUCGUGGGAGAUCGACCCCAAGGAUCUGACCUUCCUGAAGGAACUGGGGACGGGGCAGUUUGGCGUGGUGAAGUACGGGAAAUGGAGAGGCCAGUACAACGUUGCCAUCAAGAUGAUCAGGGAGGGCUCCAUGUCAGAGGACGAGUUCAUUGACGAAGCCAAAGUCAUGAUGAACCUGUCCCACGAGAAGCUGGUGCAGCUCUACGGGGUCUGCACUAAGCAGCGUCCCAUCUUCAUCAUCACCGAGUACAUGGCCAACGGCUGCCUCCUGAACUUCCUGAGGGAAACACGGCAGCGCUUCCAGCCUGCCGAGCUGCUGGAGAUGUGCAAGGAUGUCUGUGAAGCUAUGGAGUACCUGGAAUCCAAGCAGUUCCUGCACAGAGACCUGGCUGCUCGAAACUGUUUGGUGAAUGACCAAGGCAUUGUGAAAGUGUCAGAUUUUGGUCUUUCCAGGUACGUGCUAGAUGAUGAGUACACAAGCUCCAUGGGGUCCAAGUUUCCAGUGCGGUGGUCUCCUCCUGAAGUGCUGCUGUACAGCAAGUUCAGCAGCAAGUCUGACGUCUGGUCCUUUGGAGUCCUGAUGUGGGAAGUUUACUCCCUGGGGAAGAUGCCUUACGAGAGGUUUAACAACAGCGAGACAACCGAGCACGUCAUCCAGGGGCUGCGCCUGUACCGGCCGCAGGCGGCCUCGGAGCGGGUCUAUGCCAUCAUGUACAGCUGCUGGCACGAGAAGCCUGAGGAGCGCCCCACCUUCACCGUGCUGCUGAGCAGCAUCCUGGACAUCGCCGACGAGGAGUGCUGACCGCGGGGACUGCCCGCUGACCCUGCCCGGCGGGACACGCCCGCACACCGGGGAGUGCAGGAGCCUGGGGGACACCCACGGCCGUGCCACGGCUCCACCACAUGCUCAGAGCUUCAUCACAUCCCUGGAGCUCCAUCACCACCCCAGAACUCCAUCGCAUCCCCGGAGCUCCAUCACCAUCUUGGAGCUCCAUCGCAGCCUCGGAGCUCCAUCGCAUGCCUGGAGCUCCAUUGUGUCCCCAGAGCUCCAUCACUGCCCGGGAGCUCCAUCAUCGUCUUGGAGCUCCAUCACAGCUCCGGAGCUCCAUUGCAUGCCUGGAGUUCCAUUGCAUCCCCGGAGCUCCAUCACCAUCUUGGAGCUCCAUCGCAUCCCUGGAGCUCCUUCACAUCCCUGGAGCUCCAUCACGUGCUCAGAGCUCCAUCAUCACCCCAGAACUCCAUCAUCACCCCAGGACUCCAUCACAUCCCCAGGACUCCAUCACAUCCCCGGAGCUCCAUCAUGUGCUCAGAGUUCCAUCAUCAUCCCAGAACUCCAUCACAUCCCCAGGACUCCAUCACAUCCCCAGAACUCCAUCGCAUUCCCGUGGCUCCAUCACCAUCUUGGAGCUCCGUCACGCCCCGGGGCUCCAUCACACCCGGUCGCUCCGCUCCCGGACAAUGAAGGGCUGCACGGCCU